AUGAUAUUGGAGAAGCUGGAAGGUAGCUUUACUGAUGAAUAUAAUAAACUUGAUGCCUAUGCCAAUGCCAUAAAGAAGAGUAAUGUAGGAAGCGAUAUCAUUAAUAAUAUUUCUAAAGAUGCCCUUGCGGAAGGCAAAAAAAUAUUUUUGAGGAUGUAUAUUUGCUUUGAAGCAAUGAAGAAGGGGUUUAAGGGAGGGUUAAGAACUUUUGUUGUCUUGGAUGAGACCUUUUUGGAAGAAAAAGCCAAAGGUGAACUCUUAGUUGCUGUAGCUCAAAAUGCUAUGAACCACUUUUAUCCAUUUGCUUGGACUGUUAAGUCUUUAGACCUCAAGAAUGGAGAGGGGGUCACAUUUAUAUCAGACAUGCAAAAGGGUCUACUUGAUGCAAUCCAAUCUAUCUUACCCGAUACCCACUAUAGAUACUGUGUAAGACACACAGUAUCCAAUUGGAGCAAAGAGGGACAUGGGUAUGGAGAAAGGACAAAGCUGGUUUGGUGGUGUGCAUGGAGAAGCUAUGAGGAGGAAUUAAAUGAUCAUUUGAAGACAUUGGGGGAGAUAUCUGAGGAAGGGGUGAAGGAUUUACUGCACUAUCCUGUCAAGUGUUGGUGCAGGACUUACUUUGAUACAGUGUUCAAGAACCAGAAGGUAGAAAACAACCUAAAUGAGUCCUUCAACUCUUGGAUCUUAGAUGCUAGACACAAGCUAAUAAUUGGGAUGCUUCAAGAAAUAAGAAUAAAGGUGAUGAAUAUAUUGAGUAAAAAAGAAUCUAAUGUAAUGACAUGGCCUACUCAACGGAUUCCACAAGAAAUAGAGUUAUACAAUGAAUACUUGCGGAUUCCUCACAAGUGUACAAUUGAUUUCCAUGGUGAGUAUGGGUAUGAGUUUUCAAAGGAUGGAGAAUAUGGACAGGCAACGAAGGGUGAUCAACAAUAG